CUCAAGUUCGUUCGUCGGCCGUCGUCACUGCAAGAGGCGGCAUCGGCCGAGACGUCGACGCGCGUCCAGAUGAUUCGGUGUACUAUUCGGUGUCCGAUGCGAGCUAUCGUCAAGCAUCAACCUUGCCGAUGAGUCGCGUCGGCGCAGGCGAGUACACCAAAAUCAUUCGAUCGCGUGUCGAGGUCUCCGCUGCUGCCGACGCCGACGAGGAGGACACGUCGUUUCGAGCACGGAGGUGCGGCCACUCGUCUCAUCUCAUCGUCCGACAUCGUCGACCGGGCGCGACGUCGAACCACGGCCAAGCGGACCGCUGGUCCUGUAGCGUGAUCUGUCGUCAAGCAUUGACGGCAAGUCGCGCUACGGGACCGGCAUCGGCUUCGUCCGUGGAUCGCCCUCGAGCAUGGUACAGACGAGUAGGACAAGUCGUCUCGAGCGCAGAGCAAGUGGCACACGCCUCAUCACUCCGGCCACUCCGGCCGUCAACCAGCCGCAACGUCGCUUCAUGGCGACUGAUGAUGAUCUCGUCACGUAGAGCGCUGCCUGGCUGUUCGUCGAACCUUGACGAUCAGUUGCGCAGCGCCUGCGAGGUCGAGGCCGUCAUCGUGUCCCACAUCGCGUCCUCGCUGCUGCCGACAACCAGCAAGCCGAGCUGCCUCAAGCACCAUCGAUGCCGUACCUCUUCAUCCGGCCGAGCCAUCAAGGCGCAAGCCAGGCGCGACUUGAUGGUCUGCCCACUCGGCCUGCUCGUCGUCGACCGGGACAUCGCCGAAGAUCUCUCCGUCACCUCUUGCGCUCUUCCCUGUUCCGGCCGCCGACGAGCAAGGUGCGAUGCCGUCCCUGCGCCGCACGUCAUCGUCGAGGCCGGCCAUCGAGGCGCACGGCUUCCACGACUUGGAGCUCUGCCGACUCUUCGUCUGAGUGCGAGUCCGGACAUCGACACGCGGGGCACAGACGAGCGCAUUUUCUUCGGAGCCGUCGCGCGACCUGUCGCCAACGACAGGACUCGCGCAACGUCUUCCAUGAUGACAUUAUCGCCGUGUGCUCGCCUGUGUCUGCCGUCCGAGUCGGCGACCGGCAGAAGCGCCGCCCUGAGCACGACUUCAGCGCCGCACGCCAUCGUCAAGUCGGAGCAUCGAGGCGCAUGAGCUCUGCGGCUCGAUGCUCUACCUACUCCUCCUGCUCAUCGACGAGUGAACGUUGGUAUUCGAGCAGCUGACGGCUGGUCGCCAAGCCAACCGCCGCCUGAUCGUCGCCACUCUCGAGGCCCAGGAGCGCUCUUGAACUUCAAGCGCGCCUCUGAGGCUCGAGUCGUCGUCUGUCGAGCCGCGAGUGGCGGAGGUUCACCACCC